AGGGAAGAACUGUCCCCUCCUGUGGUGCAGUAGCCCCUCAGAGUUUCCCUCAAGCGCAGCUGAUGGGAAAGGAUGGAAUUUCUUGGAACCUCUCAGACGGCCAGUUACUGUGGUCCCAAGAAAGGCUGUGGCUUCAGCACGUUGCCUCCGGCCGUGCGGGCCCCGGAGAUCCAGGAAUGCUACCAGCCCUAUUACCUGCCUGGGUACCGUUACCUCAACUCCUGGAGGCCCAGCCUCUUCUGCAAGAUCUCCAACGCCCAGCCCUGCGGGGAUGACGGAGCCCCGGGCCCCAGCGCCCUGAGGCCAGCCACCGUCCUGCCGGCGCUCCGCUCUGCCCUCUUCUGUCGCUACAGCCCCCGUGACUGGGACAAGUCCAAUGAUCUGCAGAUUCGAGGGGCCGAGGCCUCGCGGCUGUGGGCCAGCAGGCUGACGGGCGACUCCAUGCGGCUUAUGCAGGACAAGGACCAGCUGACGCGCCAGAUGCAGGAGGGCACCUGCCGGAACCUGGGCCAGAGGCUGUCGGACAUCGGCUUCUGGAAGUCCGAGCUGGGCCACGAGCUGGAGAGGCUUCUGACCGAGAACCGCAGCAUGGAGACCGUCAAGAGGCGGCUGGAGUGCGCGGCCGAGGAGAUCAACUGUCCUCUGCAGGUGGCCCUGGAGUGUCUGUAUCAUCGAGAGAAAAGGACCGGGGUUGAUUUGGUCCACGACAGUGUGGAGAAAAACCUUAUCCAGGAAGUCGAUUUGCUGAAAUGUUGCCAGGAACAGAUGAGAAACCUCGCUCAGAGAAUUGAUAUCCAGAUUCAGGAUAACCGAGAUGCCCAGCAUGCUCUGGAGAGGGACCUUGAGGACAAGAGCUCAGCCCAGUUUAUCGACGAGAAGUGCUUUAACCUGCGGAACACGUCAGACUGCAUCAGCUUCUUCCACGGCGUGGAGAAAGUCGAUGGCACGGUCACCGUGCCCGAGACCUGGGCCAAGUUCAGUAACGACAACAUCAGGCACUCGCAGAACAUGCGGGCCAACUCCAUCCGGCUGCGGGAGGAGGCCGAGAACCUCAUUGAGACCUUGUCGGACCAGAUGUGGAAGCAAUUUACCGACACCAACCUGGCCUUCAGCGCCCGCAUCUCCGAGGUGACGGACAUGAAAAAUAAGCUCCAGACGCAGCUGGCUAAGACGCUGCAGGAGAUCUUUCAGGCAGAGAAUACCAUCAUGCUUCUGGAAAGGUCCAUCACGGCCAAGGAGUACCCCCUGAAGGUGGCGCAGACAAGGCUGGAGUCCCGGACCCGGCGCCCCAAUGUGGAGCUGUGUAGGGACAUCCCGCAGUUCAAGCUCGUGAACGAGGCGUUCACCAUCAACGACACCUUGCAGACGCUGAGGCUGCGGCUGCGGGAGACGCAGGACAUGCUGCAGCUGCUGCUGAUGACCAAGUGCCGGCUGGAACACGAGCUGGCCAUCAAGGUCAACACGCUCUGCAUCGACAAGGAGAAGUGCAUGAGCAUGCGCAAGACCUUCCCCUGCACCCCGCGCCUGGUGGGCUACACCUGAGAGGCUGCCGCCGGCCCCUGGUGCCCGGCUCGCACCGGUUCCAUGUGCGGCUUGAAAAUGGAAAAGACAGAACAAUAAAGUGUCAUUUCCUCCCUUACCUCCUAUCAUGGAAAAAAAACCCCAAUAUAUAUAUAGAUGUGUAUGUAGAGCCCAAAUAAAUGUGCCCAAGCCAAA